CCAAAAUCUGACAUAUGGCCCAGAAAACUAGAGUCGUGUGCCGGAGCCCCGGAAGGCGUCCGAACAAAGAGGUCAAUUUGUUUUCUUUGUUGCUUUUUCCACUUUUUUUUUUUAAAAAAAAAAAAUUAGCGGGAUACAGAGUGGAUCGAACACACAUAUCUUAUGCAUACCUCCUGAGUUUCCGUGCUGAAUUAGCUAGCCACAAUCACAUUAGAAAAGCAUGAAGAAAAGCUCCAUCUGAUUUCUACUUAAUCUAUGCUUUAGAAGUGAAAAAAUAAAAAAGAAGAAGGUUUUGCUCAGGUGAAAGUUGAUCCAAAAUUAUCGAAAAUUUUCCUACAAUUUUUGAACAGUGAGUAUGAUUACUUGGAUUGGGAGAGUAUUGGUUCUUCUGGUUUUAAUCCCGCGAAGUUAUGGUUGGGGGAGGGAAGGCCAUUAUGCUACCUGCAAGAUUGCUGAGGGAUAUCUUUCUGAAGAUGCAGUGGCAGGAGUUACAAAAUUGCUUCCCCUCCAUGCUGAAGGUGAACUUGCGGCUGUUUGUUCCUGGGCAGAUGAAAUCAGGAUCCACCAUCGGUGGAGUGGUGCUUUACAUUUUGCUGAUACGCCCGAUUUUUUGUGCAACUACAGUUACUGCAGAGACUGCCAUGACUCUGCACAGCUUAAAGACCGAUGCGUGACUGGUGGUAUAUACAACUACACAAAGCAACUCAAGUUAGGUCCAGAUUCAGGAAUUACAUACAACUUGACGGAGGCACUCAUGUUCCUGGCACAUUUUAUUGGUGAUGUUCAUCAGCCUCUCCAUGCUGGCUUCCUUGGAGAUUUAGGAGGAAAUGGUGUAACUCUUCAGUGGUACAGUCAGAAGACCAAUUUGCACCGAGUGUGGGACGAUAUGAUUAUUGAAUCAGCUCUAAAAACUUAUUAUAACGGAAAUCUCAUGACUAUGAUUCGAUCAAUUCAAGAAAAUAUGUUGAAUGAUGAUUUUGAUGAUAUCUCAUCCUGGGACAGUUGCGAUGCCACCGUUUGUCCAGAUACGUAUGUCCUUAUCCUCCUCAAAUCUGUGGAUUGCAGAAUCAUGGCAUGCUAUGACAAUGUCUACUCUCUGACUUCUUUUCUGUUGUUUUUUUAUGCAAGCAUGGAAGUAAGAUAUGCUUCUGAAAGCAUAAACUUGGCCUGCAAGUUUGCCUACAGAAAUGCUACUCCAGGAAGCACUCUUGGAGAUGAUUACUUUGUCUCUCGGUUGCCUAUUGUGGAGAAGAGAUUGGCUCAAGGUGGCGUACGCUUGGCAGCUGUUCUCAACCGUAUUUUCAAUUCGAGCCUUCCAAUUGCAACAGAAUGAAAGAUAUUGACAAGGGAAAAUACUCCAUCAAUGGUAGAUGACUAGAUGCUAUGUGGCCUUCAUUCAAGUUGGGAACUUGAUGGAGUGUCAAAUCCACACAAAUAAAUUAACCUACU